UGCUGAGCUCAGAGCGCUUUGCGCGUUGUAUGUACGAAACAGUAGAAACGUCAUACUCCUAGUCGUCGCCGCUCUCACCAUGGUUCGCAUCACUACCUGGAAUGUAAACGGCAUUCGCAAUCCCUUCAGCUAUCAGCCAUGGCGCGAAAAUCGCACUUUUAACUACAUGUUUGACGUCCUGGAGGCCGACAUCGUCAUCAUGCAAGAACUGAAGAUCCAACGCAAAGAUCUGACCGACGACAUGGUCUUGGUUCAGGGCUGGGACUGCUACUUUAGUCUGCCAAAGCAUAAAAAGGGAUAUUCCGGUGUUGGAAUCUACACACGCCAAUCCGUCUGCGCCCCCAUUCGUGCCGAAGAAGGUCUUCUAGGAGUACUCUGCCCACCCGGUUCUUCCGUUCCAUACCGAGACUUGCCAGAAGAUACCCGUAUCGGUGGCUACCCAACUCCUUCUCAGGUUGCUGAUCUAGGCGUCGACGCCGCCUCGUUAGAUGCAGAGGGCCGUUGCCUGGUACUUGAAUUCCCUGCCUUUGUUCUCUUCGGCGUUUACAGCCCAGCCAACAGCAAUGGACUUCGAGACGAUUUUCGCUAUGGCUUUGUGACCGCUCUCGACACUCGUAUUCGCAAUCUGGUCAAGAUGGGUAAAAGAGUCGUGCUGACAGGUGAUCUCAAUGUAUCUAGAGAAGAGAUCGACACAGCCAAAGCAGAAGAGCACAUGCGUCAGGAAGGUAUUACGCACAACGAUUAUCUCAAUACUCCUAACAGGCGCCUCUUCAACCAACUUGUUGAGAAUGGCAAGGUCGUGGGCGACCGCGACCCGGGCAGGGAACACCCAGUGCUUUGGGACAUUUGCCGCGAGUUCCACCCAGAUCGUGAGGGCAUGUAUACUCACUGGGAGCAAAAGAUCAACGCCCGACCCGGAAACUUUGGCUCGCGCAUCGACUUUGUGCUGUGUAGUCUAGACAUGAAGACUUGGUUCGCCGAUAGUAACAUACAAGAGGGGCUCAUGGGGUCGGAUCAUUGCCCUGUAUAUGCCUUUACCAAGGAUACAGUGGAUUGUGAAGGCAAGGAGACACACAUACUCGAUAUCAUGAAUCCGCCUGGUAUGUUCAAAGAGGGUCGAAGGCAGCGCGACUAUACAGUAAAGGACACUCUAUCUCUGUCAGGGAAGCUUCUACCAGAGUUUGACCGGCGGCAGACUAUCAAGGAUAUGUUCAAGAAAAAGUGCAUAGCCACCACCUCCAUAACAACCCAAACCGCGUCGCAACAAGGAUCAUUGAGCACUUCAGUACUUUCAUCAAACAGUCGGGACAUAAAUUCCGUGAAAAGCGCAAGUCCGUUGAACUCGCCCGAGAAACGACGCCUAUCCAGUGGUCUGUCCGGUAGUCUGCCCACGCAGCCAUCCAAGCGGACCAGAUCCAAUGCCGCCACUCCCAAGAUACCUUUACCCAAAAAUCAACAGUCACUCAAAGGUUUCUUCGCGCCAAAGCACGUUGAUAAGUCCAAGCCUGUGCCCAGUACAGAGUCCUCCGCCUCUGACAAUCCGAACGUCGCUACCCAGCCCCCAUCGUCACUCAGUGGCAACGCGACUUUUAUCGAUCCACAAGAUACCAAAUUGUCAUGGACAAAGCUCUUCUCCAAGAAACCAUCUCCUCGAUGUGAAGAGCACAAAGAGCCUUGCAUAAGCUUAAAGACCAAAAAGCCAGGUGUGAAUUGUGGAAGGCAGUUUUGGAUAUGUCCAAGACCCAUCGGGCCCUCCGGCCAGAAAGAAAGCGGGACUCAGUGGCGCUGUGGAACCUUCAUAUGGGCAAGCGAUUGGAAUGCCCAGGACACGGUGAAGUGA